AUGGAGCUCUUCUCUGUAGAAACUUUUCUCUUCUUCUUUCUUCUUUCUCUGUAUCUCUACUUUAACUUUAACACUUCCAAGAAAAAACCCAUAAAAAAACAAGGCCCCAAAAUAUACCCUAUUGUUGGAGUUUUACCCGAAUUCUUGAAGAAUAGGCAUCGUUUCCUUGACUGGACAUUCGAAAUUCUAAGCUAUUUUCGCACGAACAGUGUUGUAUAUUGGAUUCCAGGCAAGGGCCAUGGCAUCAUCACAGCCAAUCCUUCCAACGUUAAACACAUGCUCAAGACCAACUUUGAAAACUACCCAAAAGGCAAUCGUUUUAUAACCUUUCUCGAAGACUUUCUAGGCCAUGGAAUUUUCAACUCUGAUGGUGAACUCUGGAAGCUCCAAAGAAAAACAGCAAGCUAUGAAUUCAACACCAAAUCUCUCUGCAACUUUGUCAUGGAAAAUGUCACUGUUGAGAUCAAUACCAGAUUGCUUCCUAUUUUAAUCAAAGCCUCGGAAACACAACAAGUUUUGGACUUUCAAGACAUCUUGGAGCGUUUUACGUUUGACAAUAUUUGUAAAUUGGCUUUUAAUGUUGACCCAACUUGUCUCAGCGUUGAUGGAACGACCACUAGUGCUGCUGAGUUCAUGCGGGCUUUUGAAAAUGCCACUAUGCUUAGCUCUGGGAGAUUCCUCUCCUUGUUACCAUUUCUUUCAAAAGUCAAAAAGUUUCUAAACAUUGGAUCAGAGCGAAGGCUAAAAGAAUCAAUUAAAAUUGUCCAUGAAUUUGCAGACAAUAUUAUACGAUCUAGAACAGACCAAAACAUUGGUAAGGAAGAAGACUUAUUGUCACGCUUUAGCUUAAACAAAGAAAACUCACCAGAAUUUCUCAGAGAUAUCGUCAUAAGCUUUAUUCUAGCAGGACGUGAUACAACCUCUUCAGCUUUGAGUUGGUUCUUUUGGCUAUUAUCUUCGAAACCAAAUGUAGAACAAAACAUACUGAAAGAGCUCGAAAAAAUUCGGGUUCGUAAUAGUAAAAACAUAGGUGAAACAUAUAGUUUUGACGAGCUCCGAGACAUGCAUUAUCUACAUGCUGCAAUCUCAGAAGCACUAAGACUUUACCCACCUGUUCCGGUCGACACCAAAGCAUGUCUAAGCAAUGAUAUAAUGCCGGAUGGAACUUUUGUUGGGAAGGGUUGGGAAGUGACUUAUCACAUGUAUGGAAUGGCGAGGAUGGAGAGCAUUUGGGGGAAGAAUUGUUUUGAGUUUUUGCCCGAAAGAUGGAUUGAGAAUGGAGUGUGUAAGCAAGAGAGCCCGUUUCGGUUUCCAGUAUUUCAAGCCGGGCCGAGGAUUUGUCUUGGGAAAGAUAUGGCUUAUAUUCAGAUGAAGUCCAUUGCUGCCUCCGUGAUGGAGAGGUUUGAGAUGGAGGUGGAGAGUAAGGACAAGGCUCCUGAGCAUUUGUUGGCUUUGACACUGAGAAUGAAAGGUGGGUUACCUGUGAGGUUGAGGAAAAGAUACGUGGAUAAGAUUAAUGAAUGUGGAAUUAUAUAA